AUGGGGAACAGCCACUGCGUCCCUCAGGCCCCCCGGAGGUUCCGGGCCUCCUUCUCCAGAAAGCCCUCGCUGAAGGGGAACAGAGAGGACAGCGCGAGGAAGCUGGCUGGCUUGUUCGGCACCGAGGCCGCGCGCGACAGGGACACCGCCGCCGCUGACAAGCUCUUCCGUUACAUCCCCGGGACGGACAUCCCGGGCCUGGAAAGUCAGCCGGAGCCCCUGGAGCAGCCGUUCCUGAGCGUGUUCAAGAAGGGGCGGCAGAGGGUGCCUGUGAGGAACCUGGGCAAGGUCGUGCACUACGCCAAGGUCCAGCUGCGGUUCCCGCACAGCCAGGACGUCAGCGACUGCUACCUGGAGCUGUUCCCCUCCCACCUGUACUUCCAGGCCCACAGCCCUGAGGGACUCACUUUCCAGGGGCUGUUACCACUGACGGAGCUGAGCGUGUGCCCGGUCGAGGGGUCCCAAGAGCAUGCCUUCCAGAUCACAGGCCCGCUGCCCGCACCCCUCCUGCUGCUCUGCCCCAGCGAGGCGGAGCGGGACCGCUGGCUUUACCACCUGGAGAAGCAGGUGGCCCUCGUCAGGGGGCUGCAGCGCUGCCACUCAGCUCCCCCGCAGCACCACCUAAGCCGGCUGCGGACAGCCUCGGGGCGCGAGUUGGUGGGCAGUGCCGUCUGUGCCUCCAGGGUCAGGCUGCAACACCUGCCUUCCCAGGAGCAGUGGGAGAGGCUCCUGGUCCUGUACCCGGCCUCCCUGGCCAUCUUCUCGGAAGAAACAGACGGGCUUUGCUUUAAGGGGGAGCUCCCGCUCAGCGCUGUCGGCAUCCAGCUGGAGGAGGAGGAGAAGCAGGCCCACUCGUUCCUGAUUGAAGGGCCCCUCAUCAACACCAUCCGCGUGCUGUGCGCCAGCUACGAGGACUACAGCCACUGGCUGUGCUGCCUGCGCACCAUGUCCCGCAGGGACCCGCGCCCGCCUCUGGCGCGGCUCACCCCUGGCUGCUGGGCUGUGGGCGGCAGCCGGGGCUCACUCUCCGCGGAUGGACAGGCCAGCUGGGGCUCGGGAUGCCCGGUGCCCCCCUCCACCCGCACCAGCCACUCCCUGCCUGGGUCCUCGGUGCCGGCCCAGCCCGCACUCGACCAGGCUAGCCCUGUCUGCACCAGCAUUAGCUGUCGGAGGGCAGAGCUGAGACGCAGUGGCAGCAGCCGGUCUCCGAGGAGCAAGGCCGGGGCAGAGGGGCCAGGCACGGCCGCCCCACGGCACCUGCGCCUGGACCUGACCGAGCUGAGCAGGCUGAGCCUGGAGGGCGGCCCUGAGGCCCCAGACCACACCCUGGAGACGCCACACUCCCCGCUCUACGCUGACCCCUACACUCCGCCCGCCACCUCCCACCGCAAGAUCACAGACGUCAGGGGCCUGGAUGAGUUCCUCAGUGCCCUGCGGAGCUGCCCCGGACCUGCGCCCUCGAGCCCGUUCCCCUCCGUGCCCGUGUCUGUGCCUGUCUCUGACCCUGGCUCCGGACCCUCCAGCUCCCCCGGCCCCCCCGGCCCCCACUUGCUCUCCAGGAAGGGGGCCCUGCAGUCCCGCGCCGCUCAGAGGCACCGGGGCUCUGUCAAGGGUGGGGGGCCGCAGCGCCCAGACUCUCCUCAGCUUGUCGCCCCUGCCAGGGAAGGCUCCCCGGCACCCCUGCCGCCUCUUGCAGCGGAUGACAGGUCCCCCAGGAGGCGCGAGGGCCCAGGCUACGACAAUAGCUGGAACAAGAUGUCGUCUCCCUCCCAGCAGACGUGGGCCCGGCUCGGGGAGCCUGGGGCUGAGGGGGUGGUCGUCCAGUGGAUCUGA